GUCAAUUUUCGUCCGAUACGCAUGACGCAAUGAGCCGUUCAUCCGUACUCUUUCCGUCCAGCCACAACCGCGCCUUCUCUCCGUCCGAGCUUCUCCUCCGAUUCGUGCUCGUCCAGCUUUGGUGGGCAGUAGUAGACGGCCGGCGACGAGGAGAUUUGUUGACAAGUGCAUCUGCCGCUUGAUUUGAAGUGGUAGAGACUGGAACAGGAAGAAGUGGUAGCUGUGAAGUGAGCGGAGAUGUAUCGAGGUGGUCUUGACCGCUUCAAGAAGGCGCAGACCUUGGAGCCCUUCUCAGUACAGUCUGGGUUGGGUGCCAAGAGCACGCCUGCAGCUGCAAGAACAGCAAAAGCGCCUCCGGCUCUUUUGACAGUGCCGCAGAAUUCUAAUUUCUUUGCAGGUCAAAAUCACCAUAGUCCGCAAGGUAGCUCGAGGGUGGCUGGGCAAGAUGGUGUUGCUCCCGGGCAUGUUGGGACACACGUUGGUGGAGGACAGUCGACCUGGCAGCCUCCAGACUGGGCAAUUGAGCCGUGCCCUGGGGUUUACUAUCUUGAUGUGUUGAAAGAUGGGGAGGUCAUUGAUAGGAUCAAUCUGGACAAGAGGAGGCAUAUAUUUGGGAGGCAGGUGCCUGCUUGUGAUUUCGUGUUGGACCAUCAGUCUGUUUCACGCCAGCAUGCUGCUGUCAUUCCACACAGGAAUGGAAGCAUCUAUGUUAUCGACUUAGGAUCAGUUCAUGGCACAUUUGUUGCAAAUGAGAGAUUAACGAAAGACAAUCCUGUUGAACUUGAAGUUGGACAGUCACUUCGCUUUGCUGCAUCAACCAGAACCUAUAUACUUCGAAAGAACACAGCUGCUCUAUUCCCAACUCCUAGCCUUCCAUCAGAUGUCAGUUUGCCAUCUCCUCCAGACCCCAAUGAUGAAGAUGCUGUUGUGGCAUACAAUACAAUACUUAACCGCUAUGGUAUUAGUAAGUCUGACCUAUCGUCCAGUUCCAAAGGUUCUUCAGGAGGUUCCUCUGGUGCAAACGACAAUAACCAUACAGUUGAAAGACCCUUGAAGAGAAGUAAAAAGUUGAGAGUAUCAUUUAGAGAUCAGGUUGGAGGAGAACUUAUCCAAGUGGUUGGGAUUUCAGAUGGUGCAGAUGUUGAAACUGAACCGGGCCCUAUAGGUGUAAAGGAAGGUAGCCUUGUUGGGAAGUACGAAUCUCUUGUGCAGGUUACUGUCAUACCAAAAGGAAAGGAGCAAAUUUCACCAAAAGAAAGUGCCUCCCCAAGUGGGGUAACAGAUAAGCUACAAGAGGUGCUUAAAAAAGUUAAGAGCACAACAAGAAGUGGAAUUUACGAUGACCUUUAUGGGGAUUCUAUUCCAGCAAAAGUGGGCUCUUCUUGGGCCUACAAAUCAGAUGAUCAGUCAGAUAAAGACAAAGCCAUUGAGGAGAAGACACAUAGCUUGAAUUUGAGCAUGAGUUCAACUGAUGACAGUGAUGACUUGUUUGGUGACUCAUAAUUCAGCAUUUUCAAGGAAUACAACCAAAUGGAUUCUUCAGAAAUUCAUGUGGGAGUUGUUUUGUUUGUCAGGGGCAUUUUGCUCAGUUCUACAUGGUUGUAUCCUGCUGCAAGUCAAGGUAUGUUCUUUUGCCUAAUGUUAGGAGCUUAGGACAUGCUUUCUUGUGAUGAUGCUCAUGGUGAGUUUAACCUUGUUUCUCUUUUUAUUUUCUUAAUCACUUUGCUGACCUUUGACCUCCCUUGUUUCUUUUACCAAACCCACUGUUAUAAGACUUUUCUUGUUUAUGAUAUUUUACUUGUUAAAAUCUGAUGCGCUCCCUUGUGCUGAUCUCCUUGGGUUUUCACGAAUUUAAAGUUGGAAAUGAAAAGAUGGGAAUUUGUGUUUGCAUCCUGGACAUUUUCUGUGUUGUUUGUUUCUUCUUAAUAUAUGACAUGCAGCUCUCCUCCAUUGCAAACCUUUGAGGGGAAAAAAAUUCUGUAUUGUUAGACCAUAAUUGCGUUGAUCCUAUCAGUUAGAUACCAAAUUUCAUUGCAACCCAACCGGUUCUUCUAUUUCAUGGUGUUUUAUUGCUUUGGGUGAUGGCUUGUGGUCAGAAAACAUGUAGAUAAGUAGUAUCAUGUCCAUGUGCAAAGUAAUUCCCUUGCUGCAUGUGGUUGCUUCAUUAUGUAAGACUAAUUUUAUUUUAUGAUCAGAUCCAGGUAGUGAAAAUACAUAAUAAGAUCAAAUCUUGCUUUUCCAGUUCGCUUGGACCCAAAUUUUGAAGCAGGUUAUCCAGGUAGUUCAGGAGGAAAUUAUCAUAGUGAUUGUUAGUGAGCCUGUGACGUCAAAUGUAAAAUCGAACAAAUAAGAACGUAAAACUAUGUUCUGCCUUACAACAGCUCACUGAAGAACUAAGGGAUUAUUCUGAGAUUAAUAUGAAUGUGGAUAUUUGAUAAGUGCAUUUGAACAACCAAGAAUCAAGAAUGCACCACUGGUGGACUAGGAAGCAUUGAUCUAACAACAUGUGGAUUAACAGUCAAAUAUGCCCUGGGCCCUGGAUACUAAGAGGUUGCUGAUUAGUGAAUAUAGAUUGUAAUCAAAGUAUUGCGGUCUAACAGUCAAGGGCAGAGCAUCACAAUAUGGCCAUAGGUGGCCAUGCCCCCCCACCCCCCAAACUUCCCUUAAUAAAACAGUAGAUUCGGCCUGAAAGUGCACUAACAAAGCAUCAAUUUGAAUGUGUAUUUGGUUUGAUUUCAUAGCUUGGCCCCCCCUGCUAUCUUUGCCAAGCUUCAUCACUGCUAACAGUAGCAGUUUUCAUAAUGUGAUUAUUAAAUUUACUUUGACAGCAUGCCUUUUUUCUGUAUGUGGAGGCAAGUUUAACUAACCAUUGUCUGUUUGUGUUUUUGGGUUAUUAUAGAAUAUAAAUAUCAUUAGUUAUCUAGAUGAAACUAUUAAUUAUAGGGGAGCAUGGAAGAGCAUUUCAAACUACAAAUGUGUCUGGAAGUAGAUUUGCAGUUUAUUAAACAGCAUGGAUUCCCUAGGUGCACAUAUGCAUUGACACCGUUGAGGAUGAAUGAAGUCAUGAUUCUAUUUAAAUAUCAAGUCAUAGUCAACAUUAUGGAUAUGCUCAAUGGGCCAUUUAGCUCUCUGAAGAACAUAAAUAUGUAAUUUAGUAAUUUUUUAGUUUUAAGUAUAUGCCAUUUCCUUUGGUGUUACUCUACCUGGGCAUUUCUUAACACUUUGAUGCGACCCAAACAUCCAUGCUAAACUACGUUCUUAUCCUUUACAGGUAUGUGAAAUCCUCCCCCCCUGCAGUCAGAGUCUGUUUUUUUCUUGCAAGAAUGCCUGCUGAUCUUGUAACAAGAUUGAAAACAGGACACAAAGUUCUUAUGGUUGUUGAAUUAUGUAAAACUCCUGAAAUGUGCAACUGUAUUUGCAAUGUGAUAGUUUUAAAUUUUUUUGGGUAGACUUGCUUAGGUACUGAGCAUGAAGUUUUGUAGGAUAUAAGCUAACCCUUCUAUAGUUCGCACAGCUCCAAAUUACUGGAAGUUCAUGCAUGCUCGUCUGGGAAGAAUGUAGCUAGAAAUAUUUUGUCAUGACAAAUGUGUGCAGAAGCUAUAUUUGUUGAAUGAAGUAUGUUGCUGAGAGCUCCUUUUGUCG